AUGGCGGUAUUCAACAAUGCACAAAGCUCCCACAGUGGAGAAGAGUACGUCUUUGCAUGCUUGGACUGGGCUUUCCGCCAAAUUGGAGUGGAGGUCCAUCGCCGGGACCGCAGCAUUGAAGAGCUCAGCCCGGCAUUUUUGGCCCAGUACCACCGUAUUUUCAGCAAUGGUGUCAACUGGCAUCCUGACUUUCACGAGCACCCAGAAGUGACCUGCAAGGUGCGAACCCUGCAUUUUUGGGGAAACAAGAUUCCGGGUCCAGAAGCCCCAUACGACCAAAGGCAAAUUCUUUCGCCUUUCCCGGAAGACUACAAUACGUUUCUAGGGUUCUUCCCUCAUGAGCUAGUUGCGCAAAACAGAACAAUUCCCGAUCGUCACAGGGGGAAAGAGGGGCUGAUCGUUGGCAAAGUUGCUUUUCUCUUUCAAUUGGAUCCAGACUUUGUUCCAGCCGUCCAAACAUUGAUUGAUAGCGGAUUCACCAUGCAUUCAGUUUGCCGCGAGCAGCUGGAGAACAACUGUGGUCUUCCAGAUGGCGUCGUGAUGCAUUCAUCCUUAUCACCGGAGGAAUAUUCGCAACUGAUUGCCAGAAUGGCCUUUCUGAUUGGUGCUGGCGCCCCGAUUAUCAGCCCCAGUCCUUUUGUUGGCUGGGCACAAGGAGCUGCUUGGUUGAAUCCCUUUGUAACCACAAAUGAUCCCAGACAUAGGAACCAAACUCGUGAAUCUCUGCAGAAGUAUCCUCUCCAUUGGAUGCAUCCACCCAACACCAAUGUCAUUGUUACACAACACACUCCAAUCUCAAUGUUGGGGGCGCCGUAUGUCUACAAUGUGGACUUGUCGGACAAGGCAAGUGUGGUGCAAGCUGCUUAUCGAGCUGUGAGGUACCGAUUUGCGUCGUAUGCGCAUCCUCUGUUUCGGCCUGUGCUAUGA